GACAAGAUGGCGGGUACCAUCACGGUCAUAGGUUUACUGAUUUUGGUAGCACCUGCUUGCAGAGGCGGACUUCCUCAGGACGAGAAGUACACGACCAGGUGGGACAGCAUAAACGUGGACGAGAUUCUACGUAGUGAUCGCCUCGUAAACAACUACGUCAAGUGUUUGCUGGAGAAGGGGCCUUGCACACCGGACGGCGCCGAACUCAAGAGCACUCUUCCGGACGCACUGGAGACAGACUGUUCCAAAUGCAGCGAUAAACAGAAAGCUGGCUCCACUAAAAUCAUUCACUUCCUUAUCGAUAACAAGAAGGAAGACUGGGAGAAUCUAGAAGCCAAAUACGAUCCGUCUGGCGCUUAUAGGAUCAGAUAUGAAGCCGAACAGAAGAAAGACGGGGUGAGCAUCGCACCAGCCACAGAAUAAGCUUGCUCCAUACCGCACGGUGGAAGAUAAUGAAAACAGCAAGAAACGUCCCGGAAUUUUCUCGCGGUCAGACAUUCAGUAUGUUCUGUAUCGAUCCUUGUUAAUGAUUAUUAUGAUAGGAGUAUACUGAGACCCCCUUUAGCGCUGUCUUGUUUCGUGUCUUCUUUAUAGUUUUCUUGUAGUGAAAAUUAAUAAAAUAUAUUAAAAGUAAAAAUAAGAAUGGAAGAAAUUUACAUAACAUGUGAUAAAUUUGAAUGCGUGGUUAGUUUCUUAUGUUUAUAUUCUCUAUAAUCAUGAGAACAAUUAACGGUAAGCUAUUUAAUACAAAUGCAUAUAAUUAGGAGUCGUUAUACAAUUAUUUUUAUUGCUAGUUGGGUGGGACUGAGU